GAACCAGAAGGGUAAUCCAGGGUAAUUCGGCCUCAUGGGCUUCUGCUGGUCGAAAAUACAAGGAGCAUCUGGUCAUUGAUUCCCACCCACCCAUUUUCCACUUCUUUCUUACUUCUAUCGUCACGAAAUGGCUCUGUUUACAGACCACCCGGUCAGGCAUGUUCUCAAAGGCAUUUUUGCUCUGGUGAUGGGCCAUGUGAUCAUGAAAUUUUUGCCCCACUCGGUUCAGGUUAUUCAUCUGACCCAAACAUCAGUGACGAUCUUAGCGAUCGGGGCACUUAUCGUAUUGGUAGUGAAACACCACCGAACCGGAGGGGAAAACAGAGUCCUGUCGCAAGGACAGGAGGAGUUAAUCUUGAUUGCAGCGUUUGGGGCAUUCUGGCUCGCCUUCCUCUUGGCUAUGCGCGCGUGGAACCAAGGUAGUGUCGACAUCGACUUGGCACACCCAAGCCACAUGUUCCAGUCGAGCACUGGUGCUGCUCAAAGCAAUGUUGUCGGUGCUGACAGUCGAGGCGUUGCGGCAGCAGCGGCUAGGCAACCUGCAGUAGCGUCUGAACGGCUCCAAGGCGCGGCAAGUUAUGUCCGACAACAAUAUAAGCCUCAAGCUGGAUUCCGUAAACCAUACCCAUGCGACCCGAAUGAUGCUUAUUGUGUUGUCGAGGAGUGGACCUUUUACUGAGUAUGUACAUCGAUCCUGGUAUUUGUCGGUUUGUAUGGAUUGCGGAUGUAACGGGGCGUCUUGAGUGUGACGAGGUUGUAACACUAAUCUUCGAGUGUAUAUCUUGUUUUCUACGGCGGCGUUGUUGUAGAGUCUACUCCAGGGGAGUAUCAAUUGGAAUAUAAUGACAGUUAAUGACCAUGACCCGGCUUUUCUCGGUACUUGAAAUGAA